AGCAACUGCAAAACAAGCUGUUUGCCUGUGGAAGCCCAUUUCUGCCACUUUAAAAAUAAAAAUGUGGAAGUUAGGGAAUUUUAAAAAAGAAGAAGAAGAAUUCUAAGUCAUAAUUAUGAGAUAAAAAGUCGAAAUUAUGAGAUAAUGAAGUCACUGUAACUGUGGCAUAGGCACACACAUUAUCUCAUAAUUUCAACUUUUUAUCUCAUAAUUAUGACUUUCUUAUCUCAUAAUGUCGACUUUUUAUCUCAUAAUUUCGACUUAAUUAUCUCAUAAUUUCGACUUUUUAUCUCAUAAUAAUGACUUAGGAUUUUUUUUUUUUUAAUUCCCUAUUUUUAACUUUGUUUUUUGUUUUCUUUUUUUUAAGUGGCGGAAAUGGGCUUCCACAGAAAAGGCCACCGCUCAUUUUAACGUUAUGAACCAUAACUGUAAUUGAAAACAUCUGAUCCAGUCUCAAGUCCUGGCAGCUUGAACGGAGAUAGCCGAACAUUACCGGAAACUGUCGAAACGCGCUCUGCUCCGGUCUCUUGCGGUUCAACAACGGAUGUAACCUCACAGUAAUAUUGAUGUUUCAGACAGCCGCUGCUGCCCGUGCAGCCUGACUUUGGCUGAUUUCAAGCCUCUAAAAUCCUGUUUGGUAUGAGACCGUCUUCGUUUGCGCAAGUGAGAGCAACAUUUGAUGUGUGAUCAGGGAUUGGGGAAAAAAACACGCUAGCCUGGCUGAUGAGAAGAGGCGAGGUGAGAUUGAUACCUCAGACUCCGAUUGACUGCAAGUUGAUUUGACUUGGUAGCACAGGGACUGUGGGCUCCAAUGGCGUCAGCUUCGAAGGUGUCUAUUCUGGAUUACUUUAAUAUCGUGUUUGAAGGAGAAAAUGGGAAAAUCGAGUCCAACUGCAAGGCUUGUGGCACCAGAAUCCAGGCGAAACGGAGUGUCACGUCCAACUUCGUAACGCAUCUCAAGCGGAAACACCAGGCUAUGUAUGAUGACUUUGUGAAAAGGAAAGACAUGAAGAGAGAGGGUUACACAUCUGCUUCCCUUCAUACUUCAUACAUCACGACUGGAGUGAAUAACCGUUACACUGUCCCCAUCAGUGCUGGAGUUGGAGGAGGAGGAGGAGGGGGUGCUGGAGGAAUGAGAACUCUUGAGGGAGGAGUGGGUGGAGGCUCUGGAGGAGGGGUGUCCAAGUUUGACCGGCAUGACCCACGUCAGGUUUUGAUCUCUGAAGCUAUUGCUAAGAUGAUAGUGCGUGAUCUGCAGCCUGUGUCCAUAGUAGAAAAUCAAGGUUUCAGAGAGCUGCUUCAGCUCCUGGAGCCCCGCUACACUCCUGAGGGCCAGCAUUACAUCCAGAGCCAGCUCCUUCCAGCGUACGCCUACCAGGCCCAGCUAGCCACCCGUCAGGCCCUGGCCUCAGCACACGCCCUUAGUCUCAGUGUGGACCUCUGGAAGGGCUUCACUGGAGCAACCUCAGGGUACCUCGGUGUCACCUGCCAUUUCCUCACAUCUGACUGGAAGAUGCGUUCAGCUCUUCUGGCAUGUCUCCCCCUGACUGGAUGCACUUCUGGGAAUCGUGUCCUUUCAGACUUUGAUGAAGUGUGCCACUCUCAUGGAGUAUCCGGGAGAGCAUUCCGUAUUGUGGCAGACCCUUUCUCUGCAACAGCAACAGUAAAGCCAUGUUGUCUACCUGGCUUCCUAAUAUCAACUCCUCUGACUAGUGAGCUUCAAGAGGAUGAUAAAGAAGGGCUGGAUAAUGGGAACAGUUUGAAAGAAGGGAUGAGGAAUGGCCAUGGUGACUGUGGUGAGGAAAGAGACUGGGAGGACUUGUGGGAGAAGGGUCUGGGUGGUUGUAGGGUGGAUUGUUUCUCUCGCUGUCUUGAGCAGUGUAUCAGAGAGGGGUUACGAUGCUGUCCACAACUCACCCCAACACUGGCCAAGGCUGCUUGUUUCUACACCUACAUCACCUCUGCUGUCCCUCCUGAAAAACUGAGCCAAGUCUUUGACAGUCCUGGGUUGACCACAGGGGGACCAGGAAACACCCUACCUGCAGCACAGGACUGGGCUGCCCAGCUCAAGGUGCUUCGACGGCUGCUGGACUCCAUGGAGUUCCUGGAAGAGUUGAGUGGUCCCGGGGAGCUGGCGCUGGCUGUAUCAGAGAGAGCUCUGCUGAGGGAGCUGACUGACACUUUAGAGCCUUUCACCGAGGCCUGGGACAUGCUGCAUGGUGACCGACAGUCAGAUCUGCAGACACACAGACAUGUGUCCAUCAGCCUUGCUCUGCCGUGUGUUCUGGGCCUUCGGAAGCAUCUUUCUGAGACGUCGACCCCGCACUGCCCCUCUCUCCUGGCUGGCCUCAGCCAGGCUGUUGAAAAUCAUCUGGCUCCCAUUCUGGACGACCCCCUCUACAUCACUGCCACCACCCUGGACCCCCAGUUCAAGCUCACAUGGAGCAGCACCCCUGACUGGCACAGACAAGUCCUCAUAGAGGAAUUAUCCAAAUAUUCAACAGCUUUGAACCUAACAGACCCGAACACAGACCUUCAUUCCCAAUCCCAAACCCCUCCUGACCCGGCUCCAUCACCAAUCUCCCCCCUCUCUCGACCCUGCAAGCUCUUCUCUUUCAUCAAGCACAGACCGACCACACAGGCUAAGAGCUUAGAGCAGGAGCUGGCAGCGUACCUGCGUGAGGAACCCACAGAUGAAGAGCCUUUGCAUUACUGGCGGCGCAAAGCAAUUGACUUUCCUCAGCUUGCACAGGUGGCUAAGAGAGCAUUAACCAUACCUGCUUGUGGCACAGCCGUAGAGAACAUUUUCACCUUUGCAGAGCGCUGUCUGCGGCCAGAGAGAGGCCGCAUCUUACCAAAGAACCUGGAGACGCUUAUCUACCUCAAAGCCAACUACAGAUUAUUAUGGACUCAUAGCUAAGCAUUUCUUUUACCUUAAAAGCAGCUGAAUACUUUAUACAUGCAGUAAAGUUAUUGCUUGGAUGCUAACCUCUGUUUCUAUCUAAGCUAGCAACAAUCUCAAUCCUCACUGCACAUUGAGGGCAUUAUGCCACACUAUUUACUUAUUUUCUUUCUGAACAAGGGUUUUUAGACUGCAGUAGGCGUGGAUUGCUGUCUGUUUACCUUGCCAUUUGCUAUGGACUAGAGGGAGAGAACUGAAUCAAUACUAAGGCAUUUACUUUGAUAUUAAUUUCCCUGAUCAGGGUCUCCAGACAACCACAAAACCACAGAGCCUGUUCCCUUUUCCCCUAUCACAUGAAGACAGCGUGUCUCUGAAAGCUAACACUAACCAAAUGGUCAGUUCUUACAAACAGUAUCAAAUGAUCCAUUUCAGAGGAUGUUAAUGUUUGUUUUUUUCCAAGCUGCUAUACAAUAUGUCCCUGCAUCACUGCUUAUCCUCUUUUUUCCGUCUGUAUGUAUGCCUCAUCACUGGGAUAUCAAAAUAAAUGAGUUCCUCUUCCAAAGGAAGAGAUGUGUGCAGUUUGCAGAUGUUAGUGCACUCAUGCAUAAGCACACAACAUAUACCUCUUUUACUGAUAGAGAAAAGCUUGAAACCUGCUUCUAUAUCAAAUUUGUUGUUGAUGUUUGUGCCGUCCAUGGUGCGUUGGCCAAUUUUUCAUUUUCCUUUAAUGUUAGAUGUUACUUUUAAACUUUUAGGGAUUGAAAUGGGUGUGACUUGGCUUCUGCUCCUGGAAACUAGCAGAUGAUGUGUGUGUGUUUGGAUUGGAACGAUGAAUAAUGUAGCUUAGUGUGACCUAAUUGAAGUAUUUUUGAAAACCCUUUAGAGAGAGAAACUGAAUAUUACAGUGUGUGUUUGCCUUUAUUAUAGGACUCUGUUUGUUACUCUGUGCUGGGCCAGUGGGGAGCGAGGGUAAUUCUAUGUAAUUCCAUUACAGUUAAAUUUGAGUCAGCAGGAU